UUGUGAUGAUUUUGCGGCCACAGUGGCAGUCCAAAUGAGAGGACGUGGGGGACCGGAUGGGAAUGUUUUCCCCUGUGAGAACAAAGCACAAGUUAUUUCAAAGUCCAGUAUGUGUAGAGGAAACCGGUACAUGUUCUUUUGAGCUAGGAGAUCGGUUAUAUUUUGCUACUUUAAGGAAUAGACCAAAAAGCACAGUAAAUACCCACUAUUUCUCCAUCGAUGAGGAGCUGGUCUAUGAAAAUUUUUAUGCCGAUUUUGGACCUCUGAACUUGGCAAUGGUGUACAGAUACUGCUGUAAACUAAACAAGAAACUGAAACCAAAGAAAAUUUUCAAGAAUAUCCCUUUCCUGGGAAAGUUGGAGUCAUACAGUUUAUCAAGAAAGAAAAUAGUGCACUACACCUGUUUUGAUCAACGGAAAAGAGCAAAUGCAGCAUUUUUAAUAGGUGCUUAUGCUGUAAUCUACUUAAAGAAGACACCAGAAGAAGCCUACAGAGCACUGCUAUCUGGCUCAAAUCCCCCCUAUCUUCCUUUCAGGGAUGCUUCCUUUGGAAAUUGCACUUACAAUCUCACCAUCCUCGACUGUUUGCAGGGAAUCAGAAAGGGAUUACAACAUGGAUUUUUUGACUUUGAGACAUUUGAUGUGGAUGAAUAUGAACAUUACGAGCGAGUUGAAAAUGGUGACUUCAACUGGAUUGUUCCAGGAAAAUUUUUAGCAUUUAGUGGACCACAUCCAAAAAGCAAAAUUGAAAAUGGCUAUCCUCUGCACGCCCCUGAAGCCUACUUUCCUUAUUUCAAAAAGCAUAACGUGACUGCAGUCGUGAGGCUGAACAAAAAGAUUUACGAGGCAAAGCGCUUCACAGACGCCGGCUUCGAGCACUAUGACCUCUUCUUCAUAGACGGCAGCACGCCCAGUGACAACAUCGUGCGAAGGUUCCUGAACAUCUGCGAGAACACGGAUGGGGCGAUUGCGGUUCACUGCAAAGCUGGUCUUGGGAGAACAGGGACGUUGAUAGCCUGUUACGUCAUGAAACACUACAGGUUUACACACGCGGAAAUAAUUGCUUGGAUCAGAAUAUGUCGGCCAGGCUCCAUUAUAGGACCGCAGCAGCACUUCCUGGAAGAAAAACAAGCAUCGUUAUGGGUCCAAGGAGACAUUUUCCGAUCCAAACUGAAAAAUAGACCAUCCAAUGAAGGGAGUAUUAACAAAAUUCUUUCUAGCUUGGAUGAUAUGUCUAUUGGUGGAAACUUAUCUAAAACACAAAACGUGGAAAGAUUUGGAGAGAAUAACUUAGAAGAGGAUGAAGACGUGGAAGUGAAAAAUAGUAUAACCCAGGGAGACAAACUACGUGCCUUAAAAAGUCAGAGACAGCCACGCUCCUCACCAUCCUGUGCAUUUAGGUUGGAUGAUACGAAAGGGCACCCAAGAGCAGUGCCCCAGCCUUUCAGAUUGACUUCUUCCCCACAAGGAUCUGCAUCUACUUUGAAGACCUCAAAAGUGGCUCUGUCCCCCUCAGCGACGGCCAAGAGGAUAAACAGAAGUUCUUUGUCCUCAGGCGCCAGUGUAAGAAGCUUUUCCAUAAACUCCCGGCUAGCCAGUUCUCUAGGGAACUUGAACGCUGCAACAGAGGAGCCAGAGAACAAAAAGGCCUCCUCGUCCUCUAAGGCGGGUUUCGUAGCCAGCCCGUUCACCAACCUCUUGAAUGGCAGCUCCCAUCCGUCUGCCAGAAAUUACCCAGAGCUCAACAACAAUCAGUACAGCAGAAGCAACAGCACCAGCGGGAGCAUCGUGAGCAGCCAGCCGAGCCCCCACGGCGCCGUCAAAGCAGAGGAGCACAGCCCCGUUCUUCGGCCCGCCUACCCCGGCCUCUCUUCUUCCUCAGCGAGAUUCCUGAGCCGUUCAAUCCCCAAAUGUGACUUUACUAAAAUAAGAGAAAAUACAUUUUAACCGAGCUUGCAUCAAUAUAAUUUUGGUGUUCAGAUGAACUGGAAACGUUCACGGAAUGGUUGGCUGAGUCAAGUAAGGUGUCAACAACCAUCUGUCAUCUAACAAAUGAGCUUUUUGUGAUUGUUGAAAAGCACAAUUAAGUUCACUCAGAAAAAAAAGAAUCUAUUAAAAGUUAGGUGGGAAGGUGAAAGAAUUUUUUAUAUAGCAUUUUAAUUAAGCGAAAUUGGCUUGUUAAAUCCUGGGGUCCCUGAAAUGCUUAGAGAAUGUUAUAGAAAAAUGUUACACCUCCUUCAAAGCAGAUUUUAUCAAAAUCCUUAGCCAAAAAAAUCUUAUGCAGCUAUGUUUCUCUACCAGUGUUAUUGGAGAAGUAUUAUUAUGCUAGCAAAUGCCAAACAUUCAGUCUUGUGAAACGAUAUUUGUGGAAAUGGUAUCAAUGAACACAUUUUGCGUGUCGUUAACAUACAAGCAAUACAAAAACUGGAAACUAUUGCAAAGCCAUAAAAGAUCCCAGAGUAUAGAGGCAAUUAUAGAUAAACUUAUUAUUAAUCAAUGUUUAUUUUUUUUCCCCAGUUCAUUAAAAUUCAACACCAGAGUUUUAUUUAAAAUAAGAUACCAUAUUGCCAAAUGUGGUUUGUUUGUUUGUUUUUUUUUAAUUAUCUAUUCCAUGAAAGCAAAUCACUUUUUAAGGUGCUUUUUGCUUCUGUAGUUAGAACUCAAACCAACAAUAACCAAGUAGGCUACUUUCUCUUCCUUAAGGGACUCAGAAGAGGGGAAAAUACAGGAGAGGGAAAGUCAGUAUGGCAAAAGCACGUGGCGAUUGAGAGUCAGGAUUUUGACCGAGUAUGAAACUAACAUUCCAGGUCCUAGGGUCUGUUGGUCUAGUUAUGUGAACAGUAAGACACCAUUUCAUUAAUUUGCUGGCAAAGACCUUAAUUUUUCAUUAUUCUUUACAGUUUGCUGUUUUUGAUAGUCAAUGUAUAGUUGUAUUUAGUAACCAUCUUACAGUAUUUAUACCUGUCAUUAUUAGACAUUUUUCUACCGUGAUUAGGUAACUGGGCUGUUUAAAAAAGAAACACCUCCAGAAUAGCUAAAUUUUUAAAGUCAUUACCUACAUCUGCCAAAACAGAUUAGUAGCAAAUUUCCAGAACAGAACAAAUUGUCUUGAUCUCCUUACCUAACACUUUGUUUUAUGUCAAAUCUAACUGCUUUCAGGGAACAAGACUUCUUGAUGGAAGCUUAUAUUUUGACAUAAAAAUUUUGGGGGCUGCAAGUGUAAAGUAAUUUUAUCCUUAUUUUGCAGGCUGAAUAUUGCUGUAUUAUUACUUUUAUGGGAUUCACACUAUAAAAACACCAUAUAUUCAUGAUAAACUUGAUCUGGUCUUAACUCACUAUAACCCCGUUGAACUUACUGGCACAGAAACUUGAAUAUUCUGUUUGAGAAGUUAAAAUCUCUUGAUUAUACAAAUAAGUGCUACCUUGUAAAAUAAUAUUUAUACUUCAAGCACUGCUUCCUCCAUAACCGUAUCCAUUGUCAUUCCUGCAUUUAUUUUUUUAUUUCAGAUGCAUUAGGUAUUAGUUCUUAUGAUAGUGAUAAACAUUGGCCAAGCAGAAUUAAAACUUUAAUCAGAAUACUGAAGUGUGGGUGUUUUUAUAAAGGAAAUUUAUUUUUAGAGUAUUCCUGAAAAUUACUUUGGAUUAGGUCCUAUAAGGAUUUUUCAUUUUUAAAAUGUAUAUAUCUCCUUUAUGGUAUAAUAAAUAUUGCUUUCUUUUUUUUGUACUGUAAUAUUUCUUUGCUCAGGAUCACACCAUGCUUCAAGUUAUUUUUUUUUAAGUUUAUUUAUUUUGAGAAAGAAGUAGGGGAGGGAGAGAGAGAGGGGGAGAGAGAAUCCCAAGUGGGCUCCAAGCUGAGACGUGGGGCUCCAUGUCAUGAACCAUGAGGCUCAACCUACUGAGCCACCCAGGCACCCCUGCUUCAGGUUAUUGUUUGUGUUCGGGUGAUAGAGAAUGUCCGACUGAUUGCGCAAUGAUCACAGGACAAAGGCUAGAAGUAUAUUGAGGUGUUAUACUAUGGUGGCUAAGCAUUUGGGCUUUGAGCCCGACUGCUUGAGUUAAAAUAUGAGCUCUUCCACUUCCUUGUUGUGUGACCUUGGGCAAAGUCCUUGACUGCUCUGUGCCUCAAUCUCCUAUCUGUAAAAUGAGUUGUCUGGAGUAUUUAAUGAGUUCAUACAUAUAAAAUGUUUAGAACUGUGCCUGGUAUAUAGGAAGUACUCAACAAAUAUCUAUCACAGAAUAAUUGACCUCUUCAGUAAUAUAUCUAGUUUAUUAAGAAUUCCAGAUAGUUGUACUUUAUUUCCUGAAUAAUAAAGUCAACAGCAGUAAUGAUAUUGGUUGUGGGAUACAAAAUACAUUUACAUCUUUGCUAUAAAAAUUAGCAAUGCUAAUAAUGGGUUAUUGUGUUUUCUGGGAUAUUUAUUAUUAACUUUAGGAUACAGGUAACAGAUGAGCCAGAGACCCUCAGUACAAUGCCAUCAUGGAAGCAUGUGAAAUCAAAAUGUUACUGUCAUCCCACAUAAUUGCUUCCCCAGUGAAAAAGCCUAGAAAUAUUAGUUAUGUUUUUUUUCAAGUGAAUAUGUCUUGUAGACUUUACCAGUUCUCUUUCUUCCCUAACUCCACUUCCAUUAAGAUUUUUGUUUUAGAUUGAAAAUGAAAGGAAGUUAAUUUGUUACAAAAUGCUGAUGUCAGACUAAUUUAUUAAGUCUCUUUACUGAUCUAUUAUUUCCUUUCACUUUCUUUAUACAGUAUAAACAAACUGUGGAAGAACUUUUGUAUCUUAUUUUUAUCCCCCAGUGCCAAAUGUAUACUACUAAUGUUUAAUCAUUAUUUGUUGAAUGAAUUACCCAGCAUGACAGAAGGUCCAUUCUUCAGCCAACUCAUGUCUUUAUUUGUUUACAGAGGACUCAGAGCCAGUUGGGUAACAUUAAGUGAGCACAUGGUGGGGGGAGAGGGGGCGGGAUGGCAGAGGAAGCAAGAGGGAUUGUGCUAAACUGUAUCUGUAGGUUAGAUGAAACAGCAGCCAGAGUGAUGACCACUGCUGUGUGUAAGGAAAGCUUCUGCCAGAGGUGAAUAUGAAUAUAUACUUCUAUGAAUGAUAGAAAUCCCUAAAGUGAUUGUAGACUAUUUCUGUUUUUCAGUUCAGUGGGCAUCAUGAUUCCAUAAAAUAAGUAAAGAUAUGUACAUACACAUAUUUACCCCCUCCAUAUUGAUGCACAUAUGAAAUACUUUACCCUGAAAGAAAGUUAGUUUAACAAAGGUCACUUGCCUAGUAUCUGUUCAUUUGCUAUAUCUCUGUCUAUUGAGACUUGAUGGAACUUUAGAGCUAACUGCAGAAACAACUUUGUUCUAAAUUUACAAACAAUCUGAGGAGCUAUAGAAGUACCAUUAGUGGUAACAUAAAUAACUUUUCUAACUGGAACAAAAGCAAAAUUUCAAUAUUACUACCAAAGCAUUGGCCAUUGUAUAGCAAGCAGGCUUGCAGCUGGGGAGGACCACCUGGCCCUGCUCUCUUGGCCUACUUGCCAGACUUCAAAAGAAACUGCGAAAAACAGCUGGAAAAAUAAUAGUCCACUUAAAAUUUUUUUUAAUGUUUAUUUACUUUUGAGAGAGAGAGAGAUAGAGUGUGAAUGAGUGGGGGAGGGGUAGAGAGAGAAGGAGACACAGAAUUUGAAGCAGUCUCCAGGCUCUGAGCUGUCAGCACAGAGCCCAACGUGGGGGCUUGAACUUACGAGCCGUGAGAUCAUGACCUGAGCUGACGUCAGACGCUUAACCUACUGAGCCACCCAGGUGCCCCAAUAAUAGUCCACUUUUAAGUUCUAAUUGUUAGGAUGCAACUGAGGGUCCUACAGGUUAAUUGUAUGUAGACUUCAAGACAUUGGAACAGUUUUACUGGACUUUUCUCAGUCUUACCUCUUAGGCUUUCUGUGAGUUCAGGCAUAUUUACAUUAUAGUGCCCUACUUCUUGAUCAUGUCCCCUGUUCUGAAGCCUUGGCAUAAACUGCAUCCUGUAGUGAGAAAGUCAACUUGCCAGCCGUUUCCAUUCUUCCUAGCAGCUCUUAACAUUUAACCUCUUCCUUGAAACUUGCAGGCUUGGGAGCCUCUGCCUUCCCCAAGCCUUCCCUUCCCUUGCCUGAUCCUUUCUUGUGUACAGUGUUACUUCACGCUAUGCAUGUUAUUGAACAUUGACACCUUUGUCUCUUCAUGUUGUUUGUAUGACAGUGUGGACUUUCGCCCUUGAGGACAGGCUGGUGACUUUUUGACUCACAGUGUUGAUAGAUGCUUACUGAGUAAAUGGCUGUCGAUAGGGUAUAAAAUUCACUGGAAUUUUGAAGCUGAGCAAAGAUAGUUUGAAUCUUUUGUAGAUUAUUUUUGCAUAAUUGACAUUCUUUUUACCGAUACCCCUACCAUCCACAAAAUGGGCCAGUCUCAGAACUGAUAAGACCUAUUAAUAGCAUGCUACAGAUCAACUUGAAAAAUAAUUAUUGGAGAAGUAGAAAAGGACAUUUGGUGGCAAAUCAAGUAAACUUUGUUGUUCUAAGGUAUUUGAAGAAUUGUGCAAAAGAAUAUGUUCGUGUUAAACUGAUUUGUGUUCCUUCUUUCUAACUGCUGUUUGCUGCUCAAAUAUAAGUAUUUGGCCAUUUUUUCCUCUCUCUCUUUCUCUUUUCCUGGAUAAUGUCUAUUAUCAAUGCAUUCUGGUUACAUAUCCCAACCAUGUUCCUUUUAUAUGUGAUUAUCUAAUAUGACGGGGGAGGAAUUUGUGUAUCUUCUUUUCUUGAAAGCUGCCCGCUAUUUAUCAUGUUAUAACUGCAAGAUUCUUCUGCACAAGGGCUUUUGGGUCUUGAGCUUAGAUUUCAAAAGUAGAAGUGCUUUGUGUCCCCCUCCAUGGAAAGGAUUUGCAAGGAAUUUAUUUAGAUGACUGCUAACUCUACUGCAUUAGAAGCUUUAACAUUUGAUAGGUAUUGGAUUAAAGUAUAUAUAAUCUUAAAGUAUAUUCUGAUAAACUUCAAUUUACUUACAAAUAUCACUUAAUGUUUUUGAGUAAAACUCAUUAUUGUACAAAAGCUUAGAAGUGAGUUUAGUGCUACCUACCAAUUUGCACAUAAUACUUCAUUUUUAACUGCUAUUAAUAAAUCGUAGGCCUUUUAAAAUACAAAGUUUUCUUGCAGUCACUCCACAUAAUUGCAUAUCUUAUUCUUAGCAGGUGCUUUGUUUUUGUUCCCCCCCCCAGCCUUUUCUAUUUUUUUCUUAGUUUAUUUCACUUAUCUUCUAUAUAAUAGACCCAAACUGCCUUGUGUUGAAGGAAAUAGCUGCAUGAUGUGUACCACGAGUCUUAUAUGUGAUGGGCUUUAACCUCAGUUUAUGUCUCUCCCCCCUGCACAGUCCCUUCAGUCUGAAUAUGUUCAUUACUAAGGCCUUGCCGCUCCGACGAAGGCUGUUCCACUCUUAGACACAGUGUCUUCAUCUGGACGAGCAAUGUAGAGAGAAAGCCACUGCUGUUCGAGGGAUAUUUCUGCCUUCUUACCUUAAAUUAAGGAGAGCACUCACAUAAGACCUUCAAGAGACUUGAAACCAGAAAACUCUGGUUAAUGACUACUAUAAAUGCACUGAAACUAUGUUUAUGGAGAUGUCAAUGCUUUUUAAGACCGUUUUAAUGUUGAAUUUGGUAUUUUGAAAGGUUAUUUUUAAUGUAUUUCAGUAAUACAUUUGCUACUACCUUUACAUGUACAGUGUUACAUUAUGUAUGUAUUGUGAACUUUAAAAGACUAUUUUGAUAAAUUUAUAAAUCUAUAAAAUUAUGUAAAAACUAGACUCUAUUUUGACUUAGAUUUUCUUGUCGUUUGCUACCAAAAAUUUGUAUUUUGAAUUUAUUUAGUAUGGUUUUGUCUACGAUGAAUAAAUAAUUCCUCUUUAUUAAGAAAAAGUAAGGGAGAAAGUUUUUAGAAAGUGAUUUUUUUAUGUCCCCUAUGAAUAGGGCAGAUCAGUUCAUUCUUUUGGGAAGUCAGUCUAAUGUAAUGAGUUUAUGCAAGCUUAUCUCUGGCAAGAGGAUAAUCCUUUGAUAUGGCUUGUUCAGACCUUUUCCUUUCCCUUUUGUUUUUGUUGCUCAGCUGUUUAGUUUCGCAUCCUUGUGGAGCUUUAACAAAAUUUAACAUCCAGUUGAAGAUCAGAAUUCACUGAACGUUUCUCCUGAAAACACAGUUUUUCUCUAUGAAAUGACUCAACAUUCCAAAUGCUUUUAUUUCUUUCUUCCUCUCGAGAGAGUUCUUAACCCAGUUAGAAUAUUUUGCUUUUGGUACGAGGUUGUUGUCUGUAACCACACGUGGUCUGGCACCAGUUUUAAAUCAAUGAAGAGAAAAAACUGAAUAAGAUGCUGCUGUUUCUCUGUAUUAAAGGAGAUAUGUUUGUAACAGAUUACGAACACCUAAGACACAAGCCAGCAUGUCAGAAACCUAACGUGGAAAUGAAGGGACCCCUGACAGGUGCUCACAGCCCUUUUAUGUAAGUGUAAUCUGGCAUCAGGCCUCAGAAGCCCGUAGGUUUCAUUUCCAUGGGGUGUGGGGAGCCUUAGAUUCUGAUUAUCUUCCAUGCUGCUUAAGAAUGGACUGUUCAGACAGUUAAGUGGAUCCACAUGAAGUGCUUUCCUCUCAACCACUGAGUUAUUUAUAAUAUAUUUAUUAAGGAUGGGGUACCUUGAGGCUAUUACACAUGCUUCGGCAAAACAUCUUGUUCAUGUUUUACAUUUUAAAAAGGCAUUUGAAUGAAUGUUUGGCUCAGGUUCAUUACUUAAGCUUCAGUAACUGCAGUACCAAAUAAUUGCACUAAGCUGAUGAAAAAAAUGAAUUGUAUGUUUUAGGAGUCAAAAAUUAAAAUAAGUGAAAUUAAAUUGUAUACCUUUUCUAAAACUGAAAGAGUAAAAUAUUUUAUUAUGAGUUAUUGUAAAAAAAAAGAGUGGUUAGUUGUACAGGAAGAUGGUAGUAUUUAAAAAAAAUCAGUGAAAAGUAAUUCAGAUGACGUUUGAAAAGUGGGGAAAAGGGAACCAUAUGGACAGUUUUAGUUCUGUGAACACUAAUUUGUGUGCAGCUAUUGAAAUGAUUGUAAAAUUGACUACUAUAAAUUCUCCAUAAUUAUGUUGUAUAUUAGUCCUAUGUAUCAACAUGUGUAUGUUUUAGAAUUAUUUGUACACAUGUCCAUACAUAGACAAAUCAAGAAGUGUAUGUAUAUAAUAUAGAAAGUAUAUAGCAAAGUAAUUCUACUCCAAAAAUAAAAAAAUUGUUGACAUGUAUUUUGUUAUGAAUAGUUUACCUUCCAAAAGAUAAUUUGUUCUAUUUUAAAGUGUAGAAAAAUGCACUGCUAAUAAAUAAUAAAAGUUUUAUGCAAUUUAUGUUUCCCCUGACUUUUAUAAUUUGGAUUUUGAGUUAUCAGUGUACUGAAGUCUCUUUAUAAUUUUCUAUUUGAUCCAUUCUGGUUGGUGCCUUUCAAGUUUCUCAAGAUCUCCAUUCUGGAUUUUCAGUUUAUCUUGUAUUGACUUUCCAGGUUGUGGCCAUUUUUUGAAGUAUAUGACAGUGAGCACAAAGAAACCUUAUAUGUUGCCUUUCACAAAAGUCAGAUAAUGUCAGGCUCCAGCUGUUUUUCUCUCUAUAUAAUUUUCCUUUCUGUUAAUAAAACACUGAUUGUGAUCAGA